CUGGUAAAUAAAGAUGGCUACCGCGGUCGGACUGCGCGUAUCAGUGCGAGGAUGGCUGGAAACUACAAGACCUGUCUCAUUGAUAGUACGUCACAAAGCCAAAAUGAAUGUCAAGACACGUAAACAUAGACCAAUGGUCAUACGGGCGUUGCAAGCAAUUACAGAACCACUGAUUCUAGAGGACCUACAAAAACCAAUAUGCCCUAAAACAAAGUGGGCAAGGAUAAGAGAGAAUGAAGAGGAAGAGGUCAACUUGUAUCAGGAUUUUCUAGUUAGAAAAUGCAAAAAGCACUUAGAGAAUGCAGGGCUGAUUUUAAUCUGCCAGAAGCUACCCAUGGGCAUGAGAGACACCAAGAAAAUCAAGUUGCAGUUGGAAGCCCAAGGGUUCAAAAUGCCUGUGAUUAGUAAUACGGUUAUGAAGCGUGCAAUCCAUGACACCAGAUGGAUCCACCUGUCUCCACUGCUAUUGAACCACAAUUUUUAUGCCACAUCUGAGGAUGCUCGGCUAAAGGAACUUUUGGGUUUAAUAAGGAAGUUUCCUCAACUCAUACCCUUAGCUGCUGUUGUGGACAAUACUAUCCUGAACAGAGCAGAUCUGCUGCACUAUGCCACACUGGACUUGGAGGUGGAGAGAACACAGCUUGUGACUCUGUUAAAGAUGCCAGGAGAAAGAAUUGUGCAGUUACUUAAUAAUCACCCAAAAGAGCUGACUUGUAACAUAGAACAAUAUAUCAAACAAAAGGGGGAUGAAAACACAUCCAGUUGAUGGUUUGUUACAUUUAAUCACAUGGAGAUGUUAGUAAUGGUCAAAACACUUGAAGGCAAAUUCAUUGACAUAGCACAUUGUUUUCUGCUAAGUAAGCAUGGUAGAUAAAAAUGGCAGUUUUGAGUUUCUCCCUGUCUUGUCUAUUAAUUAGUGUAGUUAAGUGAUUGUCUCUGUCAUGUUUACAUGAUUAUUAACGAAACAUUUCUUUUGGUUAAAUUUGACAAAUACAUUCGGCUAUAGAAGAAGUCGUAUUUGAUAAACUGCUACAAAUGAGAUAACAAAUAGAAAUUAGUUGGUGCAAGUAACCACAAAAAAACUAUUUAGAAUUUUGUUGAAAUUCCUCUUUCCAUUUUCAGUUCUACAAACAAAUUUUCAGUUUGUAAAUAAAGUAAUAGCGCAACUUGCAUAUUCCAUUGCUGCAUGGCAGGUGGGGUGUGAAUAGUUCCCCCCUACAUGUAUAAACAGUGAACUAACUUCUAUAAAACCCAAAGUGGAUUUAUCCACAUUUAUUGAUUUAACUUCAGUUUUAAGUUAUAUUUUCUUUUCAAAAGAUUUUAUUACUUUGUCAACAAAUUUUACACAAUAAAAAAUUAUGCCAAAGUUUGAAGGUAAACUCAGAGUAAAAAUGUUAUUAUAUAUAUAUUAUUCAACAUAUCCUGCAAAGCUACUUGUCUUACCCAAUUCAGACGUAAAAAAAACAAUAAAACCGUUCAGUAUUGUG